AACCUCCAGUAGCGCUUAGAACUGCAAGCUGUGAGUGCGCAGAGACAGAGCUGCGGGUUGACUUGAAAGCAGUGAAGCUCUGACACAGAAGAAAGGCAAUAAUUCUCAGGCUACAGCGUACAGCGGCAGCAACAUACCUGGGAUACACGGCGCUGAAUAGAAUAAAACGAACAUAGCGUUUGGAACUGACAAUAGGAAUACGCUUCUGUGAAAACAGCGGAAUUCUUGGAGACACUUAAUCAAUGAAUGAAUGAAUGGGCUGUUGUCAGCAUUCCACUAACCUUGGCAUCAUUUAACGUAAGUGGUGGAUUUGUUUCAUGCGCUACAGGAGCCCGAAAAACGUGGGCAAUAACUUAAUGAAACAGCUGCAACCGCUUACAUAUUGAUUAAAAAUGGAUCUAGGGGAAUGCAAGAUCUCUGUGUGGGUUUGCAGAGAGGAGAAGCUGGUGUCGGGUCUGUCGAGACGCACUACCUGCGCUGAUGUUGUUAAGGUGCUUUUGGAGGACCAGAACCUCCAGCAUGGGGCAUCUGCGCAAAUGCUAUCAGGGUCUCCGCAGUCCUACUGUGUUGUGGAGAAAUGGAGAGGCUUUGAGAGGACUUUGCCCAACAAAACGAAGAUCCUGCGACUUUGGAGCGCUUGGGGAGAGGAGCAAGAAAACGUCAGGUUUGUGUUGGUGAAAAAUGAAGCUUCUUUACCCAACAACGGACCCAGAAGCGCAGAGGCAAGGGUCGUGCUCAGCAAAGAGAGCCCGUGUGUUUUUAAAGGAACUGCGAGGGCCACUAUGGCUCUGUCCCAGGAAAAACAACGCAGGAUUGUCCGGAAAGCGUUUAGGAAACUGGAUAAAAUCAACAAGAAAAGACAAGAAGCUUUACCCAAGGAUACAACGUCAGGGGAAAAGAUGGAAACUUUAGUGCAUCUGGUUUUAUCGCAGGAUCACACUAUCCGCCAGCAGAUCCAGAGGAUUAAGGAACUAGACAGGGAGAUUGACAGGUAUGAAGCUAAAGUUCACUUUGACAGAAUGAAAAGGCAUGGGAUCAACUAUGUGCAAGACACCUACAUGGUUGAUGCCAGCCUGGAGGCUGACUCGAAUGCGGACGGCGAUAAAAACGAAUCGGCGGAUGCUUUUGCACAGUUUGAAGAGUACUCAAGGCGGUGCGAGGAGGUUAUAAAGCUGCAAGAGCAAUUGACAGAUCAGGAAGCACUGAUGGACACGAUUACUGCGGAGAUCCAAAAGGAGUUAAACCAGAGGUGGAUGAAGCGACGACAAGGGGAGCUCUCUGCCAAGGACACAGGCAGCAACAUGACAGAGACCCAAUCUACAAUUACAGCAACUGCAGCGGCUUCAGAGCCAAUUGCUUCUGAUAACGAGCUGCUUAUUGAGCACGACAGGAUAAAAACUCAACUAGACACUAGCCUAUACAUCGGGCUCCGAUUAAAUACGGACUUGGAAGCAAUCAAAAGUGACUUGGAUCUGAGUCAGGAGCUGUGGGAUGCAAAGGAGGAAGAGUUGCGCGUUUUGCUCGAAAAGGUGAAUUUUAUGGAUAUUGAGGCGUCGGACAAAACAGAGGAGCAUACCGACGACAGUUAUAAAAGCAGCCCUGUAAUAACUGAAACUGAAAUGCUACCCCCAUUGGACACAAACAGUGGCUGGGUUGAGCAGGCAAGGGGGCUGUCAAAGAACUGCAACACAAACGACGAGGACUCAGACACGGGGUUAAGCUCGAUGCACAGUCAGGACUCGGAUACUACACCUGUCUGCGAAUCUUUGGUAUAAAUAUUUUAGUUUCUUGAAUGUUUACCCAUUAGCUCAGGGGGCAGUAUAUAAAACACUACAAACGUGUUACUUUCUUGUUACAAAAUACAACGCGUGUGUUGCACUGCUGUGAGGAUUCAUUUACCAGUACUUUUUGCAGAAGUGCUACGCCCAGGACCUCUGAUGAUGUUUUGUCACCUGUGCACCCAUUAUGUCAUAUAGAACCGAUAUCCUUGCAUCAGAAGGCGAUGCUGCAUUGUCAUAGAUUCACACUCAAGAGUAAAAUUAUGGCAAAUGUGUAGAACUAAGCUAUAAUUUAAACGACUGUGUUGUUGUAACCGCAAAUAAAAUACACUUAUGUCUUAGCUGUAAAUAAUAAAGUGACAUAAGUUUAGUUUUGUUAAGUAAAUUUAUACUAUAGAAAACAACAAUAAAAAGAAAAUGUUCUUUAAUCUUGAGUUAUUGGUUUCAAUGCAUGCCUGCCCAGAAUAUUUCACCUUGUUAGUAUGCUGGAGCAGUGUGCAGGAGGCAACCUGGUGGUUUAACUGGGAGGAAGGGAUUAUAGUAAAAUCUUUGAACAUGCAUGUUUCACCCAUGACUACUCUGGGCAUCUUCGGUGAUCCAUAUAACCUAUAAUGCCAAAUGUACAAGUUUAACAGGUCAUAUAGAAGGUAUAUGAUCCAUACUAUAUGUUAUCUGAAGGGUAAAUUGAAUAUUAGCAAACAGAAGACAUUCGAUUCAUUACAGUAUCAGAAGCUGAUCAAAACUUUAAAGUCAAAAAAAAGUGUCUGUUGUACGUAAACGUUUCUUUAAGUUUUAAUCACAAUCAAACUGGCAGUUAAAUAUCAUAUUUUAAAUCUAAACUCACAAUGUUGUUAAAAUUUGAUAGAAAAUAUCAUAUUAAUGCAAAGUUGUCCCCCAAAAUACAUCCUACUCUCUUGACAAAAUUGGCUCUCUUGAAUUUAUUUAAAUAGUGGCAACUCUGCUAAAUAGGCCUCUGCGAAAAGUACAAUAAUGUAUCAAGCAUGCUGUAAUGCUUGGUCAAGCACCAUUAAAUGGUGCAGACUGUCAUUACUCAGUUACUGUAUGGUUGUUAAGUAACAGAAGAGAAACAGUUUGAAUUCCCUGUUGACAUGGCUACUGUAUUAGUGUGCUUGAGUAUUACAGGUGUAGCAUUCUUAGAAGCUUACAAACUGUGUAUGAUUGACCCAUGGUGUAGAGUGAGAAUUUGAAUUGUGAAUGUUUUUAUGAGUUACUACAAAUCCCAUUAAAACUAUAUGGGGCA